AAACGCUGGGAGAGAGGAGGAAUCCUAUAAACUUGGAGCCAAAUACGCGACUGUUCAUUCACAUCCAAGCCAUCGAACCUCUCUCUACACAUUAGACAAUUCCAUCGUUCAAAGUGAAAUGGCAAGAAAAUCGGACGUCCCUUCCCCUUAUUACGGAGAACCAAGCAAGUUUGACCCCACAUUCAGAGGACCAAUCAGCAAUAGAAGCUGUACAGACGUGUUUUGCUGUGUGAUCUUCAUCAUCGUCAUCCUUGGAUACAUAGCACUGGGGACUGUGGCGUGGCUCCACGGUGACCCCAGGAAGGUGAUCUACCCUACAGACAGCUACGGACAGUUCUGUGGGCAGAAGGGUACCCCAAACGCAAAAAAAUCCAUACUGUUCUACUUCAAUAUCCUGAAAUGUGCCAACCCUGCUGUCCUCAUCAACCUCCAGUGUCCCACCACUCAGAUGUGUGUUUCCAAGUGCCCGGACAGAUUUGCAACCUACACAGAUAUGCAGUUGCAAUACCAAAUCACUGCAGCCCCCUGGGAAUAUUACAGGCUGUUCUGCAAACCAGGAUUCAACAACCCAACAAAGCCUGUUGCACAAGUGUUACGAGACGAGGACUGUCCAUCAAUGAUUGUGCCUAGCAGACCGUUCCUACAGCGUUGUUUUCCUGACUUCAUCACUCUGAAUGGAACUCUGACGGUGGCCAAAAGAACCCACUUCAAAGAUGCCCUGGACAAAGCCCGCAGUGUGACUGAACUAAGAGACGCCGCCAAUGGCAUCACAGGUCUGGUGGAUGCUAAGGAGGUUGGGAUGAAGAUUGUGGAGGACUACGCCGCCUCAUGGAACUGGAUCUUGAUAGGUCUGGUGAUAGCACUGGUGGUCAGUCUGAUCUUCAUCCUGCUGCUACGUUUCACUGCCGGACUCCUCCUCUGGUUCACCAUCAUCGCCGUCAUACUGGUGAUCGCUUACGGGAUAUGGCACUGUUACCUGGAGUUCUCCCUCUUGAGGCAGCAGCCCGGGGCAGAUGUGACCAUCGUAGACAUCGGCUUCCAGACAGACGUCACGGUUUACCUGCAUCUCAGUCAGACAUGGCUCAUCUUCUUGAUAGCUCUGUGUACCAUAGAGGCCUCCAUCUUGAUCAUUCUGAUCUUUCUGAGGAAGAGAGUAUGGAUCGCUAUCGCUCUACUGAGGGAGGGAAGCAAGGCUGUUAGCUACAUCAUGUCAACACUUUUCUACCCAAUCAUCACCUUCCUGCUGCUGGCCGUCUGCAUCUCCUACUUUUCCGUCACCUCUGUAUUCCUGGCCUCCUCUGGAGAUGCCAUCUAUAAAGUAAUGGCUGCUGAGCCCAACUGCAUGUACGCAAACAAGACAUGCGAUCCUGAGACUUUCAACAAGACCAACGUGUCCAAGACGUGCCCGGGCGCCCAGUGUACAUUUGCGUUCUACGGCGGGGAGACGCCCUACCACCGCUACCUCUUCAUCCUCCAGCUGUCCAACCUGCUCAUCUUCCUGUGGCUGGUCAACUUUAUCAUCGCCCUGGGCCAGUGUACCCUGGCUGGGGCCUUCGCCUCCUACUACUGGGCCCGGAGGAAGCCCCAGGACAUCCCCACCUGCCCCCUGUUUUCUUCAUUUAGCAGGGCCAUACGGUAUCACACUGGCUCGCUGGCAUUUGGUGCUCUGAUUCUGGCCCUGGUUCAGAUGGCUCGACUUAUCCUGGAGUAUCUAGAUUCAAAACUCAAAGGUGCCAGUAAUGUGGCAGCACGCUUCCUGCUCUGCUGCCUCAAAUGCUGUUUCUGGUGUCUAGAGCGCUUCAUCAAAUUCAUGAACAGAAAUGCUUACAUUAUGAUUGCAAUAUAUGGGAAGUGCUUCUGCACAUCAGCUCGAGAUGCCUUCUGCCUAUUGAUGAGAAACGUAGUAAGGGUGGCGGUGCUGGACAGAGUGACAGACUUCCUACUGUUCCUGGGGAAAGUGCUAAUAGCAGGGAGUGUAGGCGUCAUAGCCUUCUUUUUCUUCACACACAAAAUACCAAUUGUUCAGGAAGAUGUGCCGUCCUUGCAUUACUACUGGGUACCUCUACUGACGGUGAUAUUCGGGUCCUAUUUGAUCGCUCAUGGAUUCUUCAGCGUCUAUGCAAUGUGUGUGGACACGCUGUUUCUGUGUUUCUGUGAGGACUUGGAGAGGAACGACGGGAGCCCUGAGAAACCCUUCCUCAUGUCUGCUGAGCUGCACAGUAUUCUGAGAAAAACUGAGCACCACUGAGGAAUGCAACACUCUCUCCUAAAAACUAAUAGCUUUACUUCUUCCAAGUUAUUUAGCAUGCUUUAAACUGAACAGAGGUCAACUCUGGCUACCUACACUAUGCUGUCUAUCAGCUAACAAGGAGAUAUCAGUCCCUGAUGGAGAAUGAGACCACUGACUGUGACUUUUGCAACUCAGAAACUUUGAAAGUCUUCAGAACUAACAUUGACCGAUUUUGAGAGACUCAUACGAACACUAACAUUGACUAUGACAUGUGUGAUCAUUAGAAUAACUGUUAGACCUAGAGAAUCGAACAAUGAGACUAAUAGUGUGGCCAUUAGACUUUGCUACUGCCUUACCUCAAGACUCGGGACUGACAGGCAGGAACUAUUUUGGAACAAGUUCAGGUCAGACUUCACACUGUGACUUGUGCUGAUACUGAAAUCAACGUGUAACUCUCUGGUCCAGCGAGAGAGAGAAACACUUCUGGUUUGCUCCAAACAGAUCAGAGGCUAUGCAUAUCCAACAUGCAGUGCACUACUGUAUCAUCCCUAGCAUCAUUAUUAGUCCUCAGCAGCUGUACUGUAACUGCAGUUUACAUGGACGAUUGCCCUUACUGCAAAAACAAUCACGCCAUGAACUUCAUUAUUUAGAACAAAAGGAACCUUUUGGAUGCAGCAGACUGACAUAACUCUAAAUUGUGGUCAGACUAAUACUUGUUCUGCAGACUUUUAGCUAAAUCAACCAGUUGAUUUAUGCUACUCAAAGUCAAUAUUGGAUACUAAUGGAGUUCCAAAUAUUCAGCCACGAAAGGUUAAGGAACAACAGUGUCAAGGACAAUCAUGAUUAAAUUCUGCCCUAUAUCCCACUACUGCAGAAAACAGUGCAGUUUGCAGUCAAAACCUGCAUCUGUGAUGACCUUUACACCCACACAUGGGCUCAUGUAAUGUAUAGCACGGGUAGCCUACAUUAUGUGUGAUACCCUACAUGUACAGUACCAGUCAAAAGUUUGGACAUACCUACUCAUUCCAGGGCUUUUCUUUAUUUUUUUACUGUUUUCUACAUUGUAGAAUAGUGAAGACAUCAAAACUAUGAAAUAACACAUAUGGAAUCAUGUAGUAACCAAAAAAAGUGUAAAAUAACUCCAAAUAUAUUUUCUGUUUGAGAUUCUUCAAAGUAGCUACCCUUUGCAUACUCUCAACCAGCUUAAUGAGGUAGUCACCUGGAAUUCAUUUCAAUUAACAGGUGUGCCUUUUUAAAAGUUAAUUUGUGACAGUUGUGUUGUGACAGGGUAGGGGGGGUAUACAGAAGAUAGCCCUAUUUGGUAAAAGACACCAUCCAUAUUAUGGUAAGAUCAGCUUAAAUAAGCAAAGACACAUUUCAAGAAUAAAAGCGUCAGCUAAAUGGCAUAUAUUAUUAUUAUAUAAGAACUUUGAAAGUUUCUUCAAGUGCAGGCGCAACAACCAUCAAGUGCUGUGAUGAAACUGGCUCUCAUGAAGACCGCCCCCGGAAAGACCCAGAGUUACCUCUGCUGCAGAGGAUAAGUUCAUUAGCGUUACCAGCCCCAGAAAUCAGCAAUUAACUGCACCUCAGAUUGUACCUCACAGAGUUCAAGUAACAGACACAUCUCAAUGAACUAUUCAGAGAUUUUUUUCAACAGGACAAUGACCCAAAACACACCUCCAGGCUGUGUAAGGGCUAUUUGACCAAGGAGUGUGAUGGAGCAUCAGAUGACCUGGCCUCCACAAUCACUCAACCUCAACCCAAUUAAAACAUGUUGAUUGGUUUAACACUUUUUUUGGUUUCUACAUGAUUCUGUGUUAUUUCAUAGUUUCGAUGUCUUCACUAUUAUUCGACAAUGUAGAAAAUUUGGAAAAUAAAUUUUAAAAACUUGAAUAAGUAGGUGUGACCAAACUCGACUAAUACUGUAUGUAUGGGGGGGCUAGCAGUUUCAAAUAAGGGCUCCUGUAUAUCUAAUAUGCUCCUCCCCUGCUGUAUGAAUAGUGAAUAGACUUCAAACCUGAUGUUUCACUUAACUCAACCAGAGCUCAGGAUUUGAAGGCAUGUCAUCUCUUGGUCUUUAUGGGAUGUCCUUACAACUGAAUGGUGUUACUUCCUGGCCAAUGGACUGCUUUCCAUAAGCCAUACAUAUACUGUAUGUUGUCUGAUAGGAAAGCCUGCGAGCAAAAUAAUUCCUAUGCCUAGUUUUGGCUGAUGUUUGGUGGAUUAGUUGUCUGAAGUUAUUUUCUUUUUACCUUGAUCACUGUGGCUCUGGCAAAUACUUGGUGUGUCAGUGUCACUGCAAUGAAGACCCAUACAAAAACAAAUGCAGUUCUGUUAGUUGAGCAUAAGGUGUUAUGACAACUGCAGGUUCUAGUUAGCGUGCCUAGCUAGUGGAAAAUUUAGGUUUUUACUUUAGGCUAAACAUUUUAGACUCCUGACAAUGGAAGGAUGUCAAAGCCAUUUGCCGAAUUUGUACGGUGAGUGGUACAGAUGAAAAAAGUGCUACAUUUUUAAUAUUGUCAAUUACUUGUACAUGCUCUUUUCUACAUUUUGGGAUCCGUAUUUAAUGUAUUUUUCAUUUGGGAUUUUCUUUUGUAAGAUGUUGUCAAUGAACGUGAAGUGACUUCAAUAAAUAAAACACAUUUGAAUAGU